AUGCUGGAUCAGGUGGAAGCGCUAAAGUGGGUCAAGGACAAUAUCGACAACUUUGGGGGUAACGCUAACAAGGUGACUAUUUUUGGAGAAAGUGCUGGUGGAUCGAGCGUGACGCUUCACUUGUUAUCGCCUUUGUCCGAUGGCCUCUUUCAUCAGGUCAUUGCGGAGAGUGGCGUCGACGUGAGCCCCUGGGCAACACAGUCCGUUUCAUUUGGGGUUGGCUUCGCUAAAGAACUUGCUCAAAAACUGAACUGUCCAACGGAAAACCACGAAGAAAUGGUGGGUUGUAUACGCAAGAAGGACGCUGUAGACGUACAGAGAGCUUCUACUUCAUCCAACUAUCGUUUGGUUGAUUAUCUUCAGUGGGCACCUGUUGUAGACAAAAACUUUCUCCAUGACACACCUCAGAAUUUGCGAAAAAAGGGAAGUUUCAAGAAAGCACCGCUCAUGAUAAGUUUUAAUAGUAAUGAGGCUGGAAUCAUUCUUGGUGGCAUGGCCAACUCUUUGAAGUUGAUGGAUAGUGUAGAACAAGGAGUCAACUCUUCCUUUUUCUACACUUUUUUAUCAAGGCUUGCGCAUGCUCGUAACUUGGGCUACUCGUAAGUAUAUUGCUUUUUUAUUAUCCGAGUAAGUUUUUUCUUUUUUAUCAUACAUAUUUGAUGAAUUAGAAGUCACAUAGACUUUCUACAAAACUACUUUUUUGAACGCAGAACUGAAGUUGCGAAAACGAGGGAUGAAAGUUAAAACGGACCCUUACAAAGUCUAAAAUUCACAAAGCCUCCUUCUUUUUCUCUCCCAAAGUUUGAGCCUCUUCCUUAAGAAACAUUGGAUUGUCAAGGCGCCAGUGUAUAUGUCAAAAUUCAACCGAAAUUCGUGAGCACUUUGUUUCAUAAUCUGCCCGUUGUAAAUGAAAGUAGAUAAGAGACAAUGAUGCUUUGCUAAACUUAUCGAGAUAAAUUCUGACCAAAUCAACGUUAUUGUUGUUACUGUUAUAGUUUUUCUUAAGAUUCAUAAAAAAAAGAUUUCACUAAUUUAUUCCUUAGAGAGAAGACCGCUGACGUUAUCGCAGACGCUUUGAAGUUCAUGUACACCCCAUGGCCGGAUAACAAUGAUAGAUAUGCGCUGAGAAACCAACUUGUCAACGUCAUCAGUGAUUACUUCUACUUCGCACCGAGUCACGAAGUCGCCGAUAUUCACAGCCGAUAUGCUUCAGUGUACAUGUACGAGUUCGCUCAUGAUACGAAGGUCACUAUUGGAGCUCCGUGGAUGGGUGUGGUCCAUCUUGACAAUGUUCCUUUUGACUUUGGUAUACCACUAUCACCAGACGGUUUCCGAUAUGACGCAGCUGAUAGGAAUGUCAGUCUGUUUAUUAUGGCCGUCUACGUAAACUUUGCUCGGACUGGUGAUCCAACACCACAGCCGGUCAAUGGUGUUACUUGGAGUGGCUACAACUCAAGCCACAGGGCUUACCUGCGAGUUGACCCAAAUCCCAAGAUGGCUUCAACGUUUUACCCGCUGCGUAUGGCCUUCUGGAAUCAUUAUCAUCCUAAACUGGUGCAGCUGAAGUUCGAACCCAGGAUAGUGGUCACUUUUACGGCAAACGGCGAGCGUCAAUUUGUGCCAUUUGACCAAGUUUUUCCUUGACUUGUGGUUUACUGUUCAUUACUUAGCCUGUGUACAGACCCCUCACCCCUCCCCUCAGUAAAAAAAAAAUCGAUUUUUCUAAGGGGAGGGGAGGUCUCUCCACAGGCUAUUCAUUACUUUUACCAUAAAAUAAGUAAAUUCACGUUAGUUUUGUCUAUAAUGACUGUUUUACCUUUUAGCGUCUCCCUAAAUCUCUCUAACUUUUGGCAGCUUUGUCGAUUUAAAAUAGGCACGGUGUUCCUCACACUAACACUGGAAAAAGUGGACCUUUUACAGAGAUAACAAGAUACGUCUAUAAUUUUUAAACUUACAGACUUUUUAUAAAGGUGGAAAUUUUCCUCUCUUUCUCACAGGGAAAACAAAAUGUCUGUAAAAUCAUUUUUGCAGACAUUUCAUGAAGCUGUUUUAAAUAUUAUAUAGAGAAUGAUUAUGAAAAGUCUGUAUAGUUGAGGUCUUGAGAGAGAGAGCAGAUUGCUUUUCUUCUGUACUUACCACUGAGAAUAAAACGCCUACUUUCCUGGCUCCUUAUAUGUCAUCCAUACGACAUUUUAAACUUGCAUUCUUAGGAAGCUUUUGCUGUGGACACCUUCUGAUAGAUUAUUCAUAAAAUUAACAAAAGAACGAAAAUUGCCAUGAACACAACUCAGCUUAAUACCUAGAACGCCAGAACGAGUAUCGAGUUAACUUUUCGAAUUUUCUGGAGAAGCCUGCCGACAGCCACUCCGCCACAGUUAAAGAACUCUAACAGUCCGCUUUUUCUUAACAGUAAUGAAAUCUGGUUGUUUUAUCCAUUUUAAGUUAAUGUAUGUAAAACGAAGGAGUAUUUUUAAAAAUGACACUAACACAAGUUAGCGGUGAUUUAAAAUCAAGGAAAUGGUUUAGGCAUUUUUCUUUUUUUGGCCAUGGCAUGGGCCAAGAAAAAUGUUUGUUCAAACAGAGGAUUCCCCUCCCCUCACUCCAUAGGCCAUAAUUUUUGUAAUGGUGGGUCCUAUAUUUCAAACUUGUGUCUCCUACCUAGACCCUUGAACCAAAAGUCCUCGUUUGGAACCAUGGCCUCAGUCUCUGAGCCGUGCAGGACCUUCGCAGGGCAUUGCGAGAAUAUAGCAGAGAGCAUCUCGAACAUUUUCGCUGGUUUGGAAUACGUACCUCUAACCACACCCGGCGUAGCUAAUCGAAUUCAAUCGAACUUAAUUGAACUCAAUUUAUGGAUUGAGUUCUUUUGAUUCGGUAAUCGAACAUAAUCGAACAAGGAAAUUUUCUGUGUGUUUCGAUUAACGAACUAAUCGAACUCAUCGAUCGAAUUAAUCGAACACAAUCGAACAGAAUCCAUGAAACACGUUCGAUUGCCGACUUGGCAAUUAGGGGAUUGGAUGAAAUUGAUCCGGGAAUUGAGCGCAAAUUCUGGUACAGCUACAAAAUCAUCCUAUCAAACACAAAAUGUUGACGCGCUUUUAAUUAUUGAGCAAAUCAAAGUGUCAACAGUAACAAUAACAACCUGACUAUUAAUCUUAUCAAAAGUAGGUACAGAAACAACCAAGGUUAAAAACAUCGGUGUUAUCAAUAAUAGCUUCAACUAGAACGGACCCGUCUUUAUCCCUAAUUUAUCUCUUGGAAAUUACUUAGUUCUCUGGUCAGGGUGAGAAAUGCUACGAUCUCAAUGCUUUACAACAUUUUGACAGCUCGAAGUGUGGUUCCAAAAUCACCGACAAAGAAGAAAGAGCUGUAUUGACGGUAUGUACACACCUGGCCAGUAUUCCAAGGCGUAUGGAACCCGGAAUGGAAGCAGCAAGACCCCAAGAGGAUGGGAAAGAAGCAAAUUCUGUUGUUAAAAAAUUCAUAGUUAACGUGCGUGAUGUUCUUUAUUGUUUCUUAGGCGUCCAAUAUAAUGCGUGCAGCUCUUUUUGCACCCGUAAGACUCUUUCUGGCUAGCAAUUCCUUACUGCAAUUAAGAUGACCAGAUUGGACUGAGGUAAAACAUAACUGGCUUCAUAACAGCGAGACAGAAAAUAACUACGUGGCUUUGCGUGAGAUAAGGACUAAUAUGCCUCAAAAGUCCAAGUCGUUUUGACAGUUUCUGAUAAUUUCUUCAGUAAUAGAUUGUGAUCGAUUACUUCAAAGGCUUUACGGAAAUCAACAUAAACUAGUCGCGUGACUUCAUCAUUAUCCAUUUUAAACAAAAUUUCGCCUUCAUGAUUCUGAUAAGUGCCGUUUCAGUGGAAUGACUAGAACGUACUGGAAGGCUGAUUGUAAUUCAUACAGCAAUUUGUUCUCUUGAAGACAUUUUAAUAGCGAAUUUGCUACAUUUUAGCGAUAAAAGAGUUACUUAUAAUCCCGUCAUAGUGAUAUAAUAAACAAAGAUUCAAUUUACAGGAUAGGAAAAAAAACUUCUUACACACAAGCUUUCGAUUCCUUCGCGGAAUCUCUAUAAUUUUGCUACAUGUUUUUCGAGGAUUUUAGAUGGGAUUGGUAGCAAUGAUAUGGGGCGAUAGUUGUUUCUUUCACGUUGCUGACCACUUUUGUGCAGUUGUUUAACUUGGCCGAUUUUCCAUUUAUCAGGGAUUGAUAAGUUCAGUCGAUCAGGACAAACGAGUUCAAGUCCGGCCCUCACCGCUAACUCGAGUCCAGAUUUUUGAAAAAUAAUCGGCUAAGCUUUUAAAGGGGCUAAUAGUAUGUUGUUUCAUCUAAUCUGAUCUAAUUGAUGGUAAGAAGCGCGGUAAACAGUAUACGAGGGAGAGACCCAGUGAACAUUCAUCACGUCUAUUUAUACGAUUUCUCUUAGCGCUUUCUCGAUCCUCGCGCGAGCCUCCCGACAGAGUCACGGACUAUUGAAAGAGCAAAUGACACCACGUGAUGUAAAUAGAGGUGAUGAUUGGCUAUGAUCGUGCUUGACUUGGCGCUGGGCCCCCCCCGUGUCGUAUGCAAUCAACGAGAUAAAUCAGGUUUUUAGAGCCGUUUAAGGGGUCAUUUAUUCGUCUGCAUUUCUUUAUGGUAUAAACCUGUUUUUUCAGACAGUUGUGAUAACAUCCACCAACCUGACUGAGUAAUCGUAAUCGGGCUUCUAGCCUCUUGACAUGACAGCAGCAAAUAAUUUCCUUUUAACCCAUUCGCCCCUGAACCGCCCGUAACCGCCCGUGCGGAUCCAGGUCCUUUCUACCCAUUGUGACGUCAUCAGUUUUAACGGUCAAGGACAACUUUCUUCACUAACUUGUGCAGAGUGAAAAGACCUUUCAAACCAUACCAGAAUGAGCACAAUUCAGUCAAGGACACCGGAGAAACAAGCAAAAAACCACGUGACAUUGACCUGAAAAUCUCCAUGAAAAUCUUGUCCCAUUACCCACCUACCUUUCCUUUCGCCUAAUCCUAAGAUCCUAAAAGCUUUCCUAAAAACUCUUCCCACCAAAAUCAAGCCUACUAAAUGCCCAGCAAGAGAAAAAAAAAAUGAGGCAAGAAAAGCAAAAAAAGAAGGGAGGAGAGAAAGCGAAAAGUAAAAGUCAAGACUGCUGUGUCACUUUUAAACCCAAAAACUAUGUCGAAAUUUUGCUUUCUGCGCAUGCCCGAACUUCGCAAGCUGAUAUUUUGCAUCUGGAUCGGAAGACCGCGAAGUGUUCGACCUGUAAACCAGUUUGUGGUAAGUUUUAGCUCUUUAUAGCACGACAGUGACCAGAAAACCACUCGACUAGCUUCAAAACGCGUUUUUCGGCAAAAUCUCUAGGAGCGAAUGGGUUAAGCAAAGGACCAAGCUUUUUGAAAAAAAUCCACUUUUCAGCAUAAAACAACCAAAUCUGUCUAUUUCAUGUCAAAUCAGGUGAAAAAGUUGGUAAAAGGCCAUUUUUAGGUUUUUUGAUUAAGGAAAAAAACACAAGGAUAUCUAUUCAAGCUUGUUCACUUCUAAUUUUGUACUUCACAUAAUCACUAAUGCUUUUAGAAAGCCUCACCUCAACUCAGAGCAACUUGCACGCAACCUUCUUUUGACUUUGUUGUCUCAUCGUUCAACCGAUCAGGCUGUAAAAUGCACGUUUUGAAGCUUUUUUUAUUUGUUUGUGUGUUCCUUAUUUUCUUCUAGAGUUUUUUCUGGGAAGGUCGUGAAUGUAUCUAAGUGCGCAAUAAUAUAAGAGAACUCGGUAUGACUCUUCAUUUCAGCACAUUUCAGUAAAUUUGUAGAAAAUUAUUCAAUUGCUCGUGAUACCGUGUCACGAAAAACAUAAAUAUAUACACUCACGUAUCACUGCAUAAAUUACAUAGAUAAUUAAUAUCACGUUUAUUCCAUAAAUAACAACAUACGUUCACUUUAUUGUAUGACGUACUCUCAUGUUUCGUGACUUUUACUCCGCCCCUGCGUGAAGAAUAUAAGCAGUGCACAGAAGUAUUUUUCAGAACGUAGCAUUUGCCUCGAGUAGAAGCAUGGCCGUUGUUCAACUAACGACGUUGUUAAUAUUCUUUUCGUGUCUCUCUCUCGUCCCGGCCGUGACUGUGUCAACAAAAUAUGGAGAGAUCGAAGGUCUUAUAACCUCAUACCCGAAUGCUUCUGGUCAGUACAAAUCAAUAAGCAAGUUCUUGGGGGUUCCUUUCGCUGCUCCGCCGAUUGGAGAGCUAAGGUUUAAAGCCCCACAACAGCCGAAUGGAUGGAAAGGAGUUCGCCAAGCAAAGAAGCAUGGAGGCAUCUGUUGGCAGGGUCAAUUGCUUGACUUAUUUACGAAAAUAUUCGACCCCAAUUUCACAUACAGUGAAGAUUGCUUGUACCUCGAUAUUUACACCCCGAACGUCAAUUUGAGUUUGCCAGUGAUGGUUUACAUUCACGGUGGAGGUUACGAGUUUGGUACCGCAAUUACUUAUCCCGGCGAUCAUUUAGCCCUACACGGAGUUGUAGUUGUAGCGAUAGAAUAUCGUCUUGGUCCAUUUGGAUUUUUGACAACCGGAGACUCCGUGUCCCCUGGAAAUUAUGGAAUGUUGGACCAGGUGGAGGCAAUGAAGUGGGUCAAAGAAAACAUCAAGAAUUUUGGCGGGAAUCCCGACAAGGUGACCAUCUUUGGAGCUAGCUCCGGCGGAACAAGCGUUAGUCUCCAUCUCCUGUCACCUCUAUCAAGAGAACUAUUCAACCAAGCCAUUGCAGAGAGCGGUGUUGAUCUCAGCCCUCAGGCAUUUCAGCCAACAUCCUUUGGUGUCCGUAACGCUAAGGAGCUUGCUCGAAUUUUGGACUGUCCUACGACAGACCACAGUGCAAUGGUUACCUGUCUGCGCAAGAAAGAAGCCCAGGACAUACUGAAAGCCUUAAAAUCAACGCGAUUUGAAAUCGUGGAUCCCACACAGUGGGGUCCGGUGGUUGACAAAAACUUCCUUCAUGACACGCCCCAGAAACUGCGAGCGACAAGAAACUUUAAGAAUGCGACUUUCAUGAUCAGCUUUAACAGUAACGAAGGCGGAGGAGCUUUGGGGAUAAUGGCGAACAUGUCUUAUAUGGGAAUCAUGGAGAGUGUGGACAAUGGAGUGAGUCCGGAUUUCUUCAAAACGUUUCUCAAGAAAUACGCCUAUGUUCGGCACAGCAGGUUAGUAAAAUUAACAUGUCUAUGA